CGAUAGAAGUUUCUUUUCAGUUGAUUAUUAUUUUGAACGCUGUUCUUCCUUGUGUUCCGACCGGCUAAUUUUUAUCGAUAAUUGCUUUUCUGUUUUGACGCGAAUUUCGCGGGCUUUACUGCACCUGACGUGUCACGCGUGGCUCUUGCAUCUCGACUUUACGCGUCGUAGGACGUUCUUGUUUAAUCUUGUUAUGGUGUCAGUGGUGUGGUUUCGCAUUAUCCGCUUUACUGACUUAGCGUGUGGGUGGCAUUUGGUCUCGUUAGGUAGAACUGUGGUGAGGGUAUCGUAACCGGGGCCCCAUAUGACCAUCGUCGUCAUUUAUUGCUUUAAUUGUUCAUGUAUUUUUAUAUUUCAUUCUGCUUUCAUUUCAUAACUGCUUUCUAAAUUUAGUUGCUAUUAUAUUCUAAUAACGUGAUCGUUCACGUUACCUGUCAGUUUCUUGUCGAUUUAGGCCUUUGGAGCGUUAUCAUAUUCAACCGUUUUACAAUAAACGCGUAUGACAUGGAACAUCUGUGUGCCUAAAUCUGACAAAGUUGAAUAUGACGCAUUUGUUGAAGAAGUCGCCAAAUACUGAAGAAUCUGAAGCAACAGUGGCUUCAUCGUCGACGAGUAUGGAAGAAAGUAAAUCCGUAACCGAUAAUAUAAUUGAGAGCUUGCCAUCCUUAACCACACUCAGACAAAAGCGUGUCAACAUAGAGACCGAGCUUAAAUCAUUGUUGACCAAUAGUCGGAAUUUGAUAAACGAAAAGGCUCGAAGAUCGCAACUGGCAUGCCCUAAAGCAGAGUUAUAUUUUAAACUGGCCGCUUAUAAUCAAAUUAUAUCGAACAUAUCACCUCAAAUUCGCAAUGCAGAGUCAAAAGCUGCUUUCGAAGAAGGCGUUCGGAGCGUGAUAUCUGAAGUUGAAGGUAUGAUCGAUGAAAUUGAUAGUUACAUCGACCGCGAACCUGAAGCAUCGUGCGUGGCACCUGACGAAAAGAACUCUAAUGUUUCAAGCGGAAGUCUGAAAGAUAACAAUCAGCCAGCUUUGGCCCAACAGCCGAAUGGUAAAAUGGGGGCGGCGAUUGACCAACUUCGAGAGUCUAGCUUGGCGGGGAACGUAACCCACGAACCACAAAAACGAGAACACGAUGAUCGUCGAGAGACACCAUCUCUCCCAAAGGGUAGCUUUAUGAACCCCAGGUUCAAUGACCUUGACGAACGCGAUAUGUUAGAAUCAACUCGAAGAAAAAGUGCCCGCUUUGAACCAGAGACUUUCACUACGACAGAUACACGUCGUGAAUAUACGAUUUCUUACACUUCAAGACAUUAUCAAAAUCCUUCACCAGCAAACCAGAUGCCAUUGCCAGACCAGUCGGUAGACUCCUGGAUCGAUAUUCUCCAACCAAAUCAAGCAGGAUCUAGAACGGUAAAUGAUAAAUUUUCUCUAGCUGAGCAAACGUGUUUAUUUUGA